CGUCGACGUCGAGCUCAAGGCGAAGCUGACUGUGUCGCCCUUCCUCACCUCGUAACCGCCUGGCAGACCGAUAUGGCUCCCGCCCUCGAUCUACCCCCGCCUACCAAUGGCGGUCCAUCUGCCUCUCGGCCCCGCCCGACGGUGGAAGACGUAGACGAGAUCACUGCCGCCUCUUCCUCCUCGUCCAAGCCAAAGUUCUCCACUGGCGGACUCAUCUACCCGCCCCCAGACAUCCGCACCAUUGUUGACAAGACGGCCUCCUUUGUAGCUCGAAAUGGCACUUCCUUCGAGGCAAAGAUCAAAGGAGAUGAGCGGGCGAAUGUGAAAUUUGGCUUCUUGAACGAGGGAGACGUAUUCAAUGCUUACUACAAGGCAAGGAUCGAGUUCGUCAGGGACGGCACAGGACCCCUGGCAGAGAGUGGAGCGGCAGGCCCUGCACCCUCAGCGGGAGGCAGUGCUGGAAACGGUCAGCUCGUACGGGUCGAUGGCGAAGCAGCCAUGGAACUCGAGAGACAGGCAGACGAGGCCUCCAAGCCCGAGGAGCCUCGCCAGAUGCUCUUCUCUGCCGAGCUGCCCAACAUCACAGCAGUCGACCUUGACAUCAUCAAACUCACCGCCCUUUUUGUCGCCCAGCGCGGUCGCUCCUUUGCCACUGCUCUCCUGUCCAGAGAAGGCAGGUCCUUUCAAUUCGAAUUCCUCAGGCCUACGCACAGCCUCUUUGGCUUCUUCAACCGCUUAGUGGAGCAGUACAGACUAGUCAUUGAGCCGCCAGUGGAACUCGAGCAACAGAUCGAAGUAGAAGCUGGGGACAGGAAUAGCAAGCUUGGCAUGGGAGCGGGUGGAGCAAGGCAGAGUGUGCUGAGGGAGGCUCGCAAGAGGAUGGAAUGGCAGAAGUGGAUGGACGAGCGGAGAAAGAAGAGGAGUGAGGAAGAGGAGGUCGAGAAAGCUGCUUUCGCCGAAAUCGACUGGCAAGACUUUGUCGUCGUCUCCACUGUCGAGAUCACAGAGCAAGACGCUCACAUCGACUUGCCGGUACCAAUGUCCGUGCGGGAAGUAGAGAGCAUGACAAUGGCGCAGAAGAGGAUGGCUGCGAUGAUCAUGGAAGAAGAAGGCGCAGACGAAGAGGAAGCCGUCGAUCGUGUGGGGAUCGUCGAUUUGCCUGGCGAGGCAGGAGCGGUUCAAGAGGACUCAGCAGCUCCUGCAGGCGCAGAAGAUGACGACGAGAUGCAAAUGGACGACAGCGACGAGGAGACGUCUCCAAAUUCAAAGCCGCCGCCUUCCUCUGCCGCCACACGAAGUGCAGCUGGCGCACCACCCCCUGCUAUGAAGAUCCGCAAAGACUAUCUCCCCAAGACUCUUGCGGAACGGAAAGCAGCCCAGGUUCAAACGACGAUUUGCCCAGUCUGCAAAGAAUCGAUACCGACUGCCGAGAUGGACGAGCAUGUGAGGAUCGAGUUGCUCAACCCGCGCUAUCGAGAACAGCGAGCAGACCUGGAGGCAAGAAGGGCUCAGCACGCUGCGCUUACAUCCGGAGCGGACCCUUCGCGCUUCUUGGGCACCUUUGCUCGAGCCAGAACAGACAUCUUUGGCUCUGAGGGUCAAGAAGAGUCUCAAGCAAAGAGGGAAGAGGAGGAGCGGAGAAAAGCAAAAGAGAGGGAGAAGAUCGUCUGGGACGGUCAUGCUGCCAGCCGGAUCAGGACCACUCAGGACUUCAAUCGGCCUGAGCUGGUGGAGAGUACACUAAAAGACUACCAAGGAAGAUUCAAGCCCAAGGACACUGAGAGCAUCGGUCCCCAGGGUCGACCAAAUAUACCCGGCUAUCCGCCAGAGAGCGCCCCUACCGGACCUGGAGGCAAGCGAGGGGUGGACGAGAGCUUUGCGCAACCGCCGCCUGCACAACGCCCUGCUCACGAGAGCGCUACCGGCUCACCAGCUCCCUUUGUGCCGCCUCCUCAAGAUGGCUCAACAAUGUCAGCCGCUCCAACUGGUCCGCGUCAAGCCUACCCUCCUCCGUCUCAUCUGGCAGGUCAGGCGUAUUCACAUGCACCACCGCCGGGUUCUCAAUCGCCCGCGCCUCCCUCUCAGAUGCUGACUCUGACGCUGCAUCUACCAGCUCCCCACUCCCACAUCCUCACCUACGACGACUUGCCCCUCACGGCCACUGUCUCUACGAUCAGAGAUCGUGUGCAUGCAGAAGUCUUUGCAAAGGGAGGGUUGGGAGCCAGCAGGAUCAAGCUCAGGCUGAGGACCAAGGCCGAGGGGGCGGCGGCUGGGAAGAUGCUGAAUCUGAAGAUGGGACUGGGAGAGGUGGUUGCGCUUGCCUAUGAGGAGAGGGGAGGAGAGGAGAACACGGCAGGAGCAGAGGAGAUUGAUGUUCUCGUCAAAUAGCUGUGCCUUCCACCUGUACCUGUACCAUUGGUCCCGCGAGCCAUGUGUACCAUUGCAAAAGCAUCCUGACGUGCAAAUCAUUCCACCCUUGGCGGUAUGAACAUCAUCG